GCCCAAGAAGUUCAGGCCCAAGAAGUUCAGGCCCAAGAAGUUCAGGCCCAAGAAGUUCAGGCCCAAGAAUUGAGUUAUAGUCAAGAAGAGGGAGAUUUUGAGCUUCGAUUGGAAGGCGAGGAAGAGUCCAAUAAUUUGGAUGAGUUGUCGCGUCGGAAGAGACAAAGCCGUAAAUAUGGCUGUCGUUCGGACAGGGAUUGUGACCGAAGAGAAGAGUGUUCUUAUGUCGGCUAUUCAUUGAGGAAAGCCUGUCAGCCAAAGGGCCGACUCAUUGGAUAACAUAAUCUAUUCAAAUGUUAUGUAAAGUGUAUGUAAACUAUUGAAAUAAUAAAAUACAGAAAUGUUAUAAAUGGCAUAAUUAAUUAAUACAAUUAUUGUAAUACUGUAUAAACUAAUCUCAUUGUUAUUUACGUCACUCUUAUAAUUGAUAAAAAUUAAAAUAAAUUGUUUUUUGCUUUUGAACUCAAA